CCCACAGUGGUGUGAGCUCGUGGGGCUGCCAGCGCCCGCAGUCCCUGCCCAUCCCGUCUGGGACCCAGGAUCCCUCUGGGAACAAGUUGGAGGCAGAGAGGAGGAGGACAGCAAGGAGAGAACCGGCCCCUCUGACCAGCGGCGCCGGGCAGCAGCCUGUGCCCGGCACCACAGCCGGCCAGACCCAGGGCGGCCCCUCCUGGCAGCCCGGCUCCUCCAGAAGGAUGCUUUGGGAGUGAGGCCACUCCUCACCCCUGCAGUCCCCCACUCCCUCCAUUCUCCCGAGGCUCCUGGAGACGGCAGCUGUCCUCCCUGCCCUUCUGCCCAGCCGCUGCCCCAUUUGGGGUCCAGCAAAGUCUUCUUGUUAAUGAGAGGACACCAUGCGGCCUCCGAGCACCAUGCCGGCUCCUGUCCUCAAAGGCCAGGUGCUGUUGCUGCCCCUCCUGUUGCUGCUGGGCCCACAGGCCUCCUGGGGCCUGGUCAUCACACCCCCAGGGCCAGAGCUUGUCCUCAAUGUCUCCAGCAACUUCGUUCUGACUUGCUCGGGGCCCGCUCCAGUGGUGUGGGAACGGAUGUCCCAGGAGCCCCUGCAGAAAAUGACCAAGACCCAGGAUGGCACCUUCUCCAGCACACUGACACUGACCAAUGUCACUGGGAUAGACACGGGAGAAUACUUUUGCACCUACCAAGGCUCCCAUGGGCUGGAGCCUGGUGAACGAAAACGGCUCUACAUCUUUGUGCCAGAUCCCAUGAUGGGUUUUCUUCCGGUCGACCCCGAGGAACUAUUCAUCUUCCUCACGGAAAUAACUGAGAUCACAAUUCCGUGCCGAGUGACAGAUCCGAGACUGGUGGUGACACUGCAUGAGAAAAAAGUGGAUAUUCCACUGCCCAUCCCCUAUGACCACCAACGUGGCUUCUCUGGUACCUUCGAGGACAAGACCUAUGUCUGCAAAACCACCAUCGGGGACAAGGAAGUGGAUUCUGAAGCCUACUAUGUCUACAGCCUCCAGGUGUCAUCCAUCAAUGUCUCAGUGAAUGCAGUGCAGACUGUGGUCCGUCAGGGUGAGAACAUCACCAUCAUGUGCAUCGUGACCGGAAAUGAGGUGGUCAACUUUGAAUGGACAUACCCACGCAUGGAGAGUGGGCGGCUGGUGGAGCCAGUGACUGACUUCCUCUUCAAUAUGCCCUCCCACAUACGCUCCAUCCUGCACAUCCCUAGUGCUGAGCUUGGCGAUUCGGGGACCUACAUCUGCAAUGUAUCGGAGAGUGUGAAUGAGCAUCAAGAUGAAAAGUCCAUCAAUGUCACUGUGGUCGAGAAUGGCUACGUGCGGCUGCUGGGAGAGCUGGACGCCGUACAAUUCGCGGAGCUGCACCGCAGCCGGACUCUGCAGGUCGUGUUCGAGGCCUACCCGCCGCCUACUGUCAUGUGGUUCAAGGACAACCGUACGCUAGGCGACUCCAACGCAGGCGAGAUCUCCCUGUCCACACGCAAUGUGUCUGAGACCCGGUACGUGUCAGAACUGACGCUGGUGCGGGUGAAGGUGGCUGAGGCUGGCUGCUACACCAUGCGGGCCUUCCAUGAGGACGCGGAGGCCCAGCUGUCCUUCCAGCUGCAGGUCAACGUGCCUGUCCGUGUGCUGGAGCUGAGUGAAAGCCACCCUGCCAGUGGGGAGCAGACGGUCCGCUGUCGCGGCCGGGGCAUGCCCCAGCCACACCUCACCUGGUCUACCUGCAGCGACCUCAAAAGGUGUCCGCGCGAGCUGCCGCCCACGCCGCUGGGGAACAGUUCGGAGGAGGAGAGCCAGCUGGAGACUAACGUGACAUACUGGCCCGAGGAUCAGGAGUUCGAGGUGGUGAGCACACUGCGCCUGCGCCGUGUGGAUCAGCCGCUGUCAGUGCGCUGCACUCUACACAACCUGCUGGGACGCGACAUGCAGGAGGUCACCGUGGUGCCGCACUCUCUGCCCUUCAAGGUGGUGGUGAUCUCGGCCAUCCUGGCCUUGGUGGUCCUCACAGUCAUCUCCCUCAUCAUCCUCAUCAUGCUCUGGCAGAAGAAGCCACGUUAUGAGAUCCGAUGGAAGGUGAUUGAAUCCGUGAGCUCCGAUGGCCAUGAGUACAUCUACGUGGACCCUAUGCAAUUGCCCUACGACUCCACGUGGGAGCUGCCACGGGACCAGCUUGUGCUUGGACGCACCCUCGGCUCUGGGGCCUUUGGGCAGGUGGUGGAGGCCACGGCUCACGGCCUGAGCCAUUCACAGGCCACGAUGAAAGUGGCGGUCAAGAUGCUGAAAUCCACAGCCCGCAGCAGCGAGAAGCAAGCCCUCAUGUCAGAGCUGAAGAUCAUGAGUCACCUCGGGCCCCAUCUGAACGUGGUCAACUUGCUGGGGGCCUGCACGAAAGGAGGACCCAUCUACAUCAUCACCGAGUACUGUCGCUACGGGGACCUGGUGGACUACCUGCACCGCAACAAGCAUACCUUCCUGCAGCGUGGCUCCGACAAGCGCCGCCCGCCCGGCGCCGAGCUCUACAGCAACGCCCUGCCCGGCGGGCUCCCGCUGCCCAGGUACCGCAGGAGGCUUCGGGGGGCCCCGGGGAGAACCUGUGCACGCCCUCUCCUGGCAACCACCAGUCAGCUUUCCGUCUCUGUGGACUGA